AUGAGUAGGGAUAACGAAGAGACCCUUGGUGUCGCACCAACACCCCACGUACCAUGUCAAUCUUCCGAGAUUGACCCAACGCAACGAGUCAAUAGUCGUGAUAUUGACCAAAUGGCCCAAAUGCUCAGUAGGGAAAAUCGACGACUACCAGAUGGGCUUUACAAGUUCAACAAGGACAAAAAUGGCAACCUGAUUUCCAUUGUCGAUGUUUCUGAGGAAACCAUGGUCGAUAUGAAGAAGGCAAACAUGCAGAUGAAUGUCAUGGAGAAGAAUGAUUUGACAACUAAUAUCAAUAAGAAGAAGAAAGUUGUGCCAUCCAAAAAUAGCCUGAAGAAGCGAUUUUGGAAGUGGUACUACACUAAAUACGAGAAAAGUGGUAUAACUAACGGAGCGGAUGCCAUAUGUCUUGCAUCUCUUCUCUUGGUCCUCGUUAUAUCCUUCGUGGCAUUCGUAGUCGCAUGGAUCUACGUUGACAAAGCUGAGGACGCUAUGAGGCAAUGCAUUCAAGAUUCGGGUGACGGCGAUCCAAAUGGAAGGUGUCCAGGCCAGCACCAUUCGUGA